GUUGCAGGCAUAUUAUAUUCUUCUUUUACAGUUAAGAUUUGAGCUGUGAGUUUAAUGUGCCAUAGAUUGUAGUAUUACUAUAUUGCCAUGCACAACUGUGUUAACCGGUUUUCUAACACAGAAAGCGUGUGGACAUUGAUUCAAUGUCAGCAUCUAGCAAAUUUGAUCUAUCUUCUGGUAGCCCAGAUAGGCCUCUGUACUCAUCUGGGCGUCGUGGAUCCUACGCUACUGCUCUGGACAGAUCAGGUAGCUUUCGCGAGAACAUGGAGAAUCAAAUCUUAUCAACUCUUCCAAACAUGACAAGAAGCAGUUCUUCUGUGACACAUGGAGAUGUGAUGACUUUUUUUCAAUGUGUGCGUUUUGAUCCAAAGUCGAUGGUCGUGGACCAUAAGUUGAAUCGACCAGUGGCAUUUAAGCGACUUGCAACUGCUGCCGUUGGCAUCCCACUAGAAGAUCCUCUACCUGGAUCUUCAAAUAGCAAACCACCGCCUUCUCCAUCAUCAGAUGAUCUCAGACGACUCAGGGCUGGUGUACGGGAAGGUGGUAGUAAAGCUAGGGAACGUGUAAAGAUAUUCAAUGAUUGUUUAUCUGUAAUCAACAAAUGUUUCCCAACCAUUCCAUCAAGAAAAAGAUCCCGACUGGAUACCUUAUCAAAUGACCGAUCCAAUGCCUUGUUACCAACUGAUCGGUCAAGUUCAGGGAUGAGCAUCAGCAAAAUGGGAUCACAGAGUCAUGCCAGUACGAGUAGUUUUGAACUGGAGCAACAAAGAUCAGAAGAAAGGACAAAAAUUUUGAUUCCAAACAAGCGCACACGAACUUCUAUGGUAGACCCAAGGUUGAUUUAUAUGGAUGUCCAGGCAAAUACCCCUGCAAGGCCAGCUGGAGUUAAGGACAAGGAUAGGGAGAUAAUAAGAUUUCCUAACAGUGGCAUGAUUAAUGGCGAGGAUCGAACAUCAUCCCUUACCGUUGAUGGUUGGGAGAAAUCAAAGAUGAAGAAAAAACGUACUGGAAUAAAGACAGACGGUACUGCAAGUUCAAUGGUGAUGAAAUCUGCUGAUGGCUACAGGGAGUCUAAGCAAGUAAUGCAGCCACGACUUCCUACUGAUGCCCGUUCAAGGAUGAAUGAUUCUUAUGGCGCCAGACCUGGGAUUGCCAAUGGGAGUGUAGGAGUUGGAAAAGCUGAAUCCUCCUCGCAGCAGACUGGCUUAGGCACACGGCCUAUCUCUAGGGCUGAGCUGGACAACAGCCCCAUUCUUCAUGAGAGGAGAGAGCGUCCAACUGCUCCAGAGAAAGAAAGGGUGAAUCUUAGAGCUGUUAACAAGGCAAAUGCCCGUGAAGAUUUCAGUUCAGGCAGCCCUACCUCUAGCUCAAAGUUGAAUGCAAAUGCUCAGGCUCCACAUUCUGGUACUGAAGGUGGUGUAUCCAAGUUCUCUCAAGUGGUGCAACUGGCUACAGAAUCUAAUGAUUGGGAGCUUUCUAACUGUACAAGCAAACUACCUGGUGCUGUUGGGGCUAAUAACUGUAAACGCACACCUUCAACGCGGUCUUCUUCACCUCCUGUUGCUAAUUGGGUCCAGAGACCGCAAAAGAUCUCUCGAACAGCAAGAAGAACUAAUAUUGUUCCUAUUGUCCCCAGCAAUGAUGAGACCCUUACCGUUGAUACGACAUCUGAGGUGACGAGGAAUGAAAGAUGCAUGCCUGGCCAUUCUCCUCGGCAAAUUAAACAAAUAAGUGACUUCUCUUCAGCUGCAUUUUCUGAAAGUGAGGAAUCAGGGGCUGCUGAAGCUAAGCCAAGAGACAAAAACAAGAAGUUUGAUGAGAUGGAUGAAAAAUGUGGACAAAAUAUCCAUAAAAUGUCAACCCUUCUGCUACCACCUAGAAAAAAUAAGGCAGCUAGUGGGGAAGACCAUGGAGACAGUGUCCGAAGGCAAGGGAGGAGUGGCCGUGGCUUUACUUCCACCAGGUCCCUCAUGACUUUAACAGUUGAAAAACAUGGAAAUGUCGGAACAACAAAACAAAUAAGAAGUUCAAGAUUUGGUUUUGAAAAAAAUGAAAGGGCAGGUCGACCACCUACGAGGAAACCCUCUGAUAGGAAGCCUUAUACACGUCAGAAGCACACAGUUAAUAUAGCACCAGAUUUUCUAGUUGGUUCAGAUGAUGGGAAUGAAGAGCUGUUGGCUGCUGCAAAUGCUGUUACAAAUACUGCACUAGCCCUUUCUAACUUGUUCUGGAGGAAGAUGGAACCUCUGUAUCGUCUCAUAUCUGAUACAGAUAUUGCAUAUCUGAAAGACCAGGUUAAUCUUGGUUCCACCGUGGAUACACCGGCCCUGGUGCCUCUCGAUGCAGAUGUUUCUGCUUCGAUCCACAAUGGAUUUGGGUCGAAUGACCCUAGGAGAGGGGAAAGUGAAAUAAAAGGUGUUGAACUUAGCCCAGAACAUUUAGCUCCAGGGGCUAACACACCAACAGAGAUCUCUCUUUUUCAGACGCUGAUUGCAGCUUUAAUUCCUGAAGAAGGAAAUCAAGAGCUUUGCAGCAGUGGAAAUGAAGACUGCAGAUUUGAUGUGUAUGGAUCUCGUUUUGAAAUGGAAAAAGAUAUGGAUUCACAUACUUUCUGCUCGCUGAGGUCUCAAAAUCGUGAUAUUUCCAGAUAUUCUGCUUCUAAUGGUUACAGGAUAAACGCUAAUGGAGAAAUCUUCUAUGAACUGGACCCCACGUUUCCAGAUCAUGAUGGCAGUUCUAUUCCAGACACUGGAAUUAUUCCAGUCUGCAAUCAUUUGCAAAAUGGUUUACUUUCAGACCAGAUUACACCUGGCGUAGAAUGUUCUGAAUAUCAGUAUAGUAAUAUGUCAAUAAAUGAAAGACUUCUCGUGGAGAUUCAUAGUAUUGGACUUUACCCAGAUUUAGUGCCUGAUUUGUGUCAGAAUGGAGAAGAAGAAAUCAGUGGAGAUCUUAGUAGAUUAGAUGAGAAGUAUCAAGAAGAGGUUUCAAGGAAGAAAAGUUUGCUUGGCAAACUGCUAAAUUCAGCUUCUGAGGCUAAAGAGCUUCAAGAAAACCUGUUCGAACAGUGUGCUUUAGAGAAACUUGUAGGAUUGGCUUACGAAAAGUACCGGGUAUUUUUUCUAUUCUAUAUCCUUUCUUUAUUUAAUUGAUUUUAAAUGCGCAUUUCCCUUUUAAAAGUAUGUAAAUAUAAUUUGUCUGCGUCAUGGAUUGACACAUCAAAUUUAUUUGUGAAUAUUACAUGUAUAUCCAUCAAGUUUGUUUGUUACAGGGAAUAUGAUUUCGUCCAUGUCAAUAUAUUCUUCCACCUUAAAAUUUAUGACAAUCCUAGUCAAUCAUUUUUUCCUUUUUUACCCUACCUUUUUUAUCAACUGGAAAAAUUAGUACAAGAGGCAGGGUGACAUACCAGCCUUACCUCCGAAGGUCGAGGAAGAAAAAGAAGGAUUAGCAAAAGCUGAAAUUGAAAGUACUACUCUUGUUAUAGUGAGCCAUUACAAAAUUUAAAUUUGGGAGUACUACACUCAUUACAACAAUAGAGACAGAGGAAUGCAGUAACUCAAUUGACCCAAGAAAACUCAAGAAAAUAAUAUAACUAAGUCUGCAAGCAGGCACUAAAGACAACCAAAUACACAAGCAAAUUACACAUAGCAUGAGUAUGCAGUCACAUGUGCAGUAAAUUAAAUAAAAUAAAGUAAUGCAAUGAUGGAUCCUACAGUAGGCUGGAAAGCAAAUAUGCAAUAACCUAUGGCCUAAUAUGCAGCAGUCACACUACAUGGAAAUGAAUAAAUCCGACUGCUUUCUCUUCCAUUGUCCACUUGAGACUCAUUCUCAAAUAUAGAAAGCAAACUUUGGUAUGGAUUUAUUAUCAGAUCUGGGAGAGAUUCAUCACCGAAGUUUUGGUAAGCAUUGGAAAAGCAUCCCAGCAGGUUAUUGAAGAAGUAGACCAAUCUCAAUCAUCUACUUUGCAUUAGAAAACAAGGCUGUUUAGUCAGUUUCUUUGGGGCCUGCAGAUAGGGAUUCUCGUUCUGUCUGUAUGUAAGAUGCCAAUAAUCGUCCCCAUUAAGUCUUUAGCAUAUAAUAUUCUGCUCUAUUUAGUUUUGUUAUCUUUAUUUUUUAU